AUGGCUCCUGAAGGCCGAGUUUCAAUACCUUGGCUGGAGCCUGUGUACCUCACGAGCGACUCUCGCCAAGGUAUAAGAACAACCGAUACCAUGUCAGCAGAGUACGGCGACCUUGAAGUAGCGCAUCCUGUCAAGGAGGAGAAUCGCUCCGGACAGCAACAUCACCAGGGCCAAGUCAAUGCCCAUGAGCUUGCCUCAUGCAACCAGCAUCCUCGUCAAGAUCACGUCACCUCUGAAGGCGGAUUACGAGGUUGUGGCAUCGGGCAAGUGACCUUCUGGGUCGGGCUCACAGCUGCAGCCUUUUUGUUGGGCGCAAUUGCAGCGGCAGUAGUCGCCGGAAUGACAAGCAAGGCGCUCAAAAAAACAAGACAUGAUUGCGAAGCCAUCGUUAUCGCCUUCAUAUCUGGUUCUAACAACCCUAAGCGCCAUAUCUUCAACCUCAUUUGCAACAUCCACCAUUACAUCGAUUCCACUAUCAGUCAGGGCUUUGUCGGUUCAGGGAGGAGUCAUAACCAACUGCCCUUAUCUCAAUGA